UCUCCUUUUGAUAAAACCACAACAACAUGCUUAGAGGCUAUCUAAGAACAUAUAAUUUCAACAUGGCAUCAUGGCUUCCUUCAAACUUCACCACCAUCCAAGCAAUAUCAACGAUAGUGGUACUUUCAGUGUUAGCACUUCUCUUCUCCAAUCUUUGUUUUCCUUUUCCAAUGGCAACAGCUUCAAAGAUUGAGUCCCAAGGGAGAGCUCUUCUUCAAUGGAAGUCCACUUUGGAAACACAAGGCUUUCUUCACACCUGGACUUCAAAGACCAGUCCAUGCAACUGGACUGGAAUCACAUGCAGAUAUGAUGGCCAUCUCAUGGCAACCAUCACCAGGGUCCAACUGGGUGAGUUCGGUCUAGAAGGGAACUUGGAGACUCUCAACUUCUCAGCUCUACCAUCACUACGAGUUCUCAACCUCAGUGAUAACUAUUUGCAUGGAUUCAUCCCUACAUCAAUAUCAGCUCUUUCCAAGCUCACCACCCUUGAUCUCUCCAACAACCAGAUAAGUGGUUCCAUACCUUCAUCUUUCAGUAAUCUUACUAGGCUUGAGACGAUGUUGUUGUUUGAUAACAAGUUAUUAGGCUCCAUCCCCAUGGAGAUAGGGAACCUUGGGAACUUGAAAUCAUUGGGCCUGUACAAAAAUUUCUUACUAGGUUCCAUACCUAGUGUCUUUGGAAACUUGACCAAACUUAAUUUUUUAUACUUGUGGGGAAAUAACCUCAGUGGCUCAAUACCUGAUGAGAUUGGAUAUAUGGUGAAUCUUAAGGAACUGGAUAUUGGAAUCAACAAUAUCAUAGGCACCAUUCCCCCUACCAUAGGAAAUUUGACUAAACUCAACCAAUUAUCCCUGUCUGAGAACCAAUUAUAUGGACCCAUACCAUCUCAUGUAGAAAACCUGAUCAACCUUGAAAUCGCUUACCUAAACAGUAAUAACAUAAAUGGUUCCAUUCCUAACGAGAUUGGAAAUCUAGUGAAUUUGAAAGAACUUGAGAUAUCUUACAAUCAAAUAACUAGUUCCAUCCCACGUAGCAUUGGAAAUUUGACAAAACUUGAAGCCUUUUACAUAUUUAGUAAUAACAUUAGUGGCUUCAUUCCUAGUGAGAUUGGAAAUCUAGUAAAUUUGAAAUCUUUCGCAAUAUAUAACAACCAAAUAAUCGGUUCAAUUCCACGUGGCAUUGGAAAUUUAACCAAACUUGAAGCUUUUUAUCUAUACAAUAAUAACAUAAAUGGUUCCAUUCCCAAUGAAAUUGAGUAUCUAGUGAAUUUGAAAAUUCUCACAAUACAAAGUAAUAAAAUAACUGAUUCUAUCCCCCAUGGCAUUGGAAACCUUACAAAGCUUGAAAUAUUUCAAAUAAAUAACAAUGACAUAAAUAGCUUCAUUCCAAGUGAGAUGGGGAAGCUAGUGAACUUGAAAGAUUUUGAUAUAUCUUUUAAUCAAAUAAUUGGUUCCAUUCCACGUGGCAUCAGCAAUUUGACAAAGCUUGAAACUUUUUACUUAAAUGGCAAUAACAUAGAGGGAUUCAUUGCUAGUGAGAUUGGGAAUCUAGUGGACUUGAAAGAUUUUGAAGUAUCUAACAACCAAUUGACUGGUUACAUCCCUCAUAGCAUUGGAAACCUAACCAAACUUGCCAAAUUUAUCAUUGUUGGAACACAAAUAUAUGGCUCCAUUCCUCCUACUAUUGGAAACAUGAAGGAACUCAAAUCUUUGUGGCUUUAUGAAAACAAGCUUUCUGGCUUAAUCCCUCCUUCUCUUGGAAGUUUGAAAGGUCUUACCGAUUUAAUGUUAGCUGACAAUCAUCUCUUUGGCUUGUGGCCUAAGGAAAUGGUGAACCUUACAAACUUAAUUUUUCUUGAAUUGUACAAUAACAGCUUUUCGGGUGAUCUACCACCAGAUUUUGCCAAAGGGGGCUUGCUUCAACAUCUUGCUUUGGGAUACAAUAAUUUCCAAGGUCCUAUUCCAGUGAGUUUAAAAAACUCUACAAAUUUAUUCAGGGUUUUACUUGAAAGAAAUCAAUUCACUGGAGAUGUCUCUGAAAGCUUUGGUGUUCAUUCUCAUUUGGAUUAUAUUGAUCUAAGCUUUAACAAAUUGUCUGGCACUUUAUCACCAUCAUGGGGAGCAUGUCUUAAUUUGACAAGCCUUAAAAUAUCAAACAAUAGGAUCAGUGGACUAAUACCUUUGGAAAUUGGUCAUUUGCCAAAACUACACCUACUUGACAUCUCUUCCAAUAAUCUUGUCGGAAAGAUCCCAGCGGAGUUUGGCAAAUUAUCUUCCAUAUUUCAUCUGAACAUGAGCAACAAUCAUCUCACAGGAACCAUACCGCUAGAAUUUGGGGAUCUAUCUUCAUUAGAAAUUCUAGAUUUGUCAAGCAAUAAUCUAAGAGGAGAAAUACCGAUACAGCUGGAGAAUUGCAUUAAAUUGAACUCAUUGAAGUUAAGCAACAAUGAACUAAAUGGAGCCAUCCCUUUUCAACUUGGCAAUUUGAACUUGCAUGAAGUUCUAGACUUGAGUAACAAUUUAUUCACCAGCGAAAUACCACCAGAGCUUAGCAAGUUAAUUGAGUUGCAAGAGUUGAAUUUAUCACAUAACGAGUUGGUUGGUCACAUUCCAUCUUCUUUUCAAUUCAUGAAAGGCUUGGCAUCACUAGAUUUAUCUUAUAAUUCUCUAGAUGGUCCAGUUCCAAAGGACCUUUUUUUUCAAACAGCUCCAAUUGAAUGGUUUACUCACAAUAAGGGCUUAUGUGGUCAAGUGCAUGGUUUGCCUCCAUGUAAUCAAUUGCCUUCCUCAUCAAAAAGUAGAAAUGAUCAGAAAAAGCAUCACAAAGUCAUUUUCUUGACUAUUCUUUUGGUGUUAGGCAUUUUAUUUCUCUUAUUCCUAAUAUUUGGAAUCAUGAUACUUUAUUACAAGAGAAAGACAUUCACUGCAAAUGGGACUAGUGAAGAAUCUGGCGGGCAUUUCUCCUUUAUUUGGAGUAUCAAUAAUGGAGCUAAAACAUGCAGAGAAAUUAUUCAGGCAGCAGAAAAUUUUGAUGAUAAGUAUUGUAUUGGCUCCGGAGCUUAUAGCAUAGUGUACAAGGUGACACUAUCAUCAUUAGGGACACUUGCUAUCAAGAAAAUUAGAGAAGAAGAAAGUCAAGUAAAUGAGCAAGCUUUCAGAAAUGAAAUACAUGCAUUAACUGAAAUUCGGCAUCGGAAUAUAGUGAAGUUCUAUGGUUUCUGCUCUACUACAAAUUUCAAAUUUCUGCAUGAGUAUAUGGAGAAAGGAUGCUUGGGUGCCAAUUUAAGAUCUGAUCAAGAAGCAAUGAAGUUGGAUUGGGUAAAGAGAGUCAGCAUUGUCCUAGACAUUGCUCAUGCAUUAUCUUACUUGCAUCAUGAUUGUGCUCCACCUAUUGUUCAUCGAGACAUAACAAGCAACAAUAUUCUUCUAAAUGAAGAGUACAAGGCUUGCGUUUCAGACUUUGGUAUUUCUAGACUGCUAAAACCCAAUUCAUCACAUUGGAGUAUGCUUGCAGGCACAUUUGGAUACAUGGCACCAGAACUUGCUUAUGCAAUGAGAGUGACUGAAAAAUGUGAUGUUUAUAGUUUUGGAAUUGUAGCACUUGAAGUGAUACAUGGAAUACAACCUGGGGACCUACUAAACAACUUGUCAUCAAACAUGUUAGUGAAAGAUAUUCUAGAUCCACGUGUUCCACUUCAUAUAGCUGAUCAAGUAGCCACAAGCCAAGUUCUUUCAAUGAUUUUCAUAGCAAUGCAAUGCAUCAACACCGAUCCACAGUCUCGCCCCACAAUGAACCAAGUAUCUCAAAGGUUAUCUUCACUGAAAUCUUCACCAUUAUACAACCAUCCUUUUGGUGAACUUACCUUUGCUCAGUUGAUGGAUGAAAAGCAUGAUGAUCAAAUGCAUAGUGCAGUGUGAAGUUGAGAAAAUGAUGACAUGAUAUUUCAUGCCUAGAGCUUCUUCUUGAAGUAUAAGAACCCUUGUACAUCUUAGGAAUAUAUGAGAAACAAUUAAAUGUCUUUGUUUUGA